AUGUCCUCUCGCACCACCAGAGGGACACAAAAGACGCUGGCGGUGGGGGUGAUCCGGGACUUCUUCCGCGAGUCGCCCUUGCCGGACACAAACGAGUUCAUUGAGGAGUUUGUGAUGCGCCAUUCGUACACAUACGAGUACCCGGACACCCCCCAGGGCCAGCGCAUGUGGCAACAAUACCAUGGCGACAAGAUCAACAAGGAGGCGCGUCAGGCGAUUCUGGCCAAGUUUGGCGGCAAGAGAGGCCCAGUGAAGAGUGACCCUGCAGAUGACGUGGCAGAGGACGCCCAGGGAGAGGCUGUGGAGACGGCUGCUGCCACGGAGGAGGACGAGAGUCCCGCCACAAAGGAGUUUGUGACCCAAGGCGAGUACGCCGACACCGACAGUGACGCCAGUGACGGACAUUUUUCGCUGCCGUUGCCCGUGGAUCAGGACGUUCUCAACACCAACAAGGACUUUCAAUUGCCGUGGAACAUUUACUGUCCAACCGGUAACGUCAAGCCCAAAAGCUGGAAGUCCAUCAAGAGAAACAUCUUCAUCGACGUGGAGCCCCCGAAACCGUCUACUCUCAAAUCAAUUUGCGCCUGUGUCGAUCGCUGCGACGAGUCGUGUCUCAACAAGAUGCUUCAAUUCGAAUGCGACUCCUCAAACUGUCCUUUUGGGGACGUUGAUUGUGGCAACAGAGAAUUUGGUUUGCUCAAAAAUCGCACAUCACGCUUCUACCACCAAGCCAUUGAGAUCAUCCACACCGAAAGUAAGGGCUAUGGGCUUCGCGCAUGUCGUUCUUUUGCUCCUGGCGAGCUUGUGUGCGAGUACACAGGUGAUGUGAUUUCCCCAAGUGAAAUCAAGCGCCGCCUGGACAACGAGUACGCAGAUUCGGACAAUUACUACUUUCUAAAUCUCGAAAAGGGAGCCGUCAUCGACAGUGGACUUCGAGGAAGCGCGGCUCGUUUUGUCAACCAUUCGUGCAUGCCCAAUUGCGAGAUGCAAAAAUGGUUUGUCAAGGGUCUGCCUCGAGUCGGUCUUUUUGCCGGCGAAGACGGCGUCCAGAACGGACAGGAGCUAACGUACGAUUACAAUUUCGUGUGGUUUGAGGGUGCCAAGGCACAGACUUGCCAUUGUGGAGCUUCCCAAUGUCGAGGAAUUAUUGGUAGAAGAGCUGGCGAAAAGGCCACGACGGAGCGAGCUAGCAGUGUUGGAGCUAUCGAGAGCUCGUCGAGAAAGCGGGCGUCUACCGCAGACGUUGUCACGCCCAAACGAGGAAGGCCAAAGAAAUCCGGAUCAGACUCGCCCAAGCUACACAAGCCGCGUGAUUUGGAUACCCCUAUAGUGAAGGCACGUGACAAGCCGCGUGAUCAGCGGGUGACUCCGCGGUCACGCGACUCUCUCAAGCGCGAUCUGCUCAAGCGAGACUUGUUGGCGGUACCCAAGACGCGCGACAAGUCCCGUGACAAGUCUGCCGACAAGAAAAAGCGUCUUUCUCUCCCUGCAAAGCUUGGAAAGUCCAAGUUGCGCGAGUCUUUGUCAGCAGCCGAUGCUGCCAUUGCUACCACACCCAAGAAACGUGGUCGUCCUAGAAAGGUGACGGUUGAGGGAACCAAGGCAGAGGCUGUGUCAGUAGAAGAGGGUGUGGAUGAGGACUCGGUUAUCAUCGAUGAGUCGACAGUUGAUCCAGUUACACCUCCCAAGCGAGGUCGACCUCCGAAGACCAGGUCUCAGUCUGGUGGAAAAAAGAAGCGUGGCCGACCGGCAAAAAUUCAGGUCAAGGACGAGUCGCAUCAUGAAACAGAAGUCAGUGAAAUCAACAAAAAGUCGCCUGCAGAACCCAAGAAAAGUGAGACACCCACCCGCCGACUUCGAAAUCUACGAAAUAAUGUCACUCUGCAUGUUGGGGAGUUGUUGGAAGAGGAACCUCGUGAAGCGUCUAGAGAACUGGAGGAAGUUGGGGAGGUUGCUGCAGCUGGGGCAGACGACUCCGACAUGGAAACUUUUCAGGACGCCCAUGAAGACUUUCAGGAGGCUUCCAGGGCCAGAGCCAAGUAUACUGCGACACCCGAUCUUGAGUCGCAUGGUCAUUCUUCCUCCGACCAGGACUAUACUCCUACUGGUGCCAAAAAGCCGGUCAAAAAACGAACCCAAAGAGCUCGACGGUCUACCGCAAACUACGAGUCUACAAUGGUCGUGGACGAGAGCGAUGAUGACGUUGCAAUAGCCUGUGAUCCAACUGCAGUGGAGGAGGAUAAGGACGACGAGAAGGAGAACCUGCGCCGUAAGAAGCGUAGGACGACCAGUGAGAUUGAGUAUGUGGAAACUACUUCUCCUUCUGAUGCUAGGCGCAAGAACAGACGACGAGUGACUCUGAACAAGGACUACAGAAUACCCGACUAUAAUGAGGACUCCGACGAGGACUUGCGUGGUGUAGAGAAAGAAGUCAAACCAGAGAAUGCCGUGUCAUUGCCUCAGGGUGUGCCUCCAGAGAAUUUGCAUGAAAUUGACGCGUCGUUGGACACUGUGCCAGACGCACCUCCUGGCUCUUUUCGUUCUUUUUCACUCCAACAGCCGUUGGCUCUUCCUCGAACAAGCAAAGUGGUAGAUCGAAACAUCAAGGGGAUUAGACAGCUGCAUCAGUUAUCAAAAGAAGGAGGUCAGUUCAGCACCGGCCGAUUUCGAGUUGACAGAAGUGCUCCCGAACCUGCUCGGACUGUGACCACUCCCAUGCUCGUCAACAUGAACGUGCGACAGACUCCUAAUCCCAGCACUCCUAUCCAACAGGGCAACCCCAGCCCUCCAGCUCACCCUAGCCCCGGACACCACGGACAUCCAGGGCACCCUGUGCAUACCAGUCAUGGAUAUUACUACGAUCCUGGACGGGGGUACUAUCCUCCCCCAAUUGAGCAGUAUUCUCCCCCUCAGCUUCAGCCCCCACGGCAACCCCAGUAUCACACUCCUGGAUCAGUGGAAGAUCUGCUCUUUCCGGCUUCUCUCUAUCCUGAAAAUCUUCCGGACCGACAGAAGAACGGCAAAACCAUUCCUCGAUCGAAACGAAAGGCCCCAGUGCGUUACUCAGAUGUGAAGAAGGACGAAAUGAAGAACAGCGCGUCACCAGUGGCCACCAACCCCAACCCUGGCCAUGUUCAAAGCCCCGCGCCGGUUGCCCAAUCUCCCUACCCAAGCCAAGUUGCUCCUCCCUCUGGCAACCCUCCCCACGGCUACGUCAACCAUGGUGCACAGGGCCUUCCUCCUUUUGGUGGCCAGUAUCCGCCCACGCCUCAGCCAGGAUACUACCCCGGCCCUCCUCCUCAGCCGCAGUGCAACUACGGAGGUCCGUACUACUAUCCACAGCCUUCGGUGCAACCCAACUACGGGUACGCUAGUCAGGCGUACCCCCAGGGUUAUCCUCCGCCGGGUCUCGUUGCUCAGGCCACCCCUGCACCUGUUCACGAGACUCCCUUUUCAUCUGUGCCGAAUCCUGCUGUUGCGCCUCCUAAUCUCGGACUGGCGACUGCUAUGCCUGGAGCUGUCCCAGUGACCAACGCAGUUCACCCUGUCAACUCCAGCCCUGUGGCAGUUACUCCUGUUGCCCCAGGGGUUCCUAUGGCACCGAUUUCCAACCCGUCGCCCCCAAUUGCAGUAGCCCAGCCACCUGAAAUGUCCCCGGCCACCUCUCCGACAUCGUCGCGGCUCCCUCCUAUCAGCAGCUUGGUCAACACAACUUCUACGUCCAAGUCGCCGGCUAUGGGUACUCUUCCUCCUCCGAGAUUAAGCAUUGGCAAGCCUGGAGAGGGUCGACGACUGUCCUCGACCAACCUGCCGUUGCCCACAAGACAGAACAGACGUUUUUACGGCCCAGUUUAA